CAGUUCUCCGACCAUCACAGCUCUCCUCCCAACCAACCGCCACACGCAGUGGCCAAGUCCUCAUCACAGCGGUCCAACACAUGGAGCCGUCAAGUCCUCCGCCAACGACCAUCAUAGAUCUCAGAAGCAACCAACCAGGGCAGCUCAUUUCCGCCAUGGCUGAAGACCUUAUUUCAGCGUUUCAGGAGCUGCAGAAGAACGGUUCCAAUAAUGAGAAAUUGGUGUAUCUUGUCCGCAGCCACUACGACAACAACCUCAUCUCCCUCGAGUACUGCUCAACACUCCAGCGACUUCUUAACAACUCUGCAAACGAUCAUGAUCAUCAUCCUCCUCCUCCCUUCUCUCACAACUUGUUCCGUCAUGAUGUAUCCCGUCUCAUUUCAGACCACUCCAUGAUUGUCAAUACGCUCAAACCGAUGCGCGACGGCUUCAACAAGGAGCUCGACCGCAUCAAUAUCUCCCAAAAGGUGUCUGCUGUUUUCUUCAUCGCAGCGGUCAUAAUCUGCAUGGCCGCAACUGCGAUUGCUAAUGCUAAUGCCAAUCCCGAGUGGGCAUGGGCGGCAGUGACAGGGGCCGCGACGGCUGCCCCAGUGGCCUCCAUUCUGUUUGGCGCGCUCGGGAAUUGGCGCCAAUCAGUACUCUGCAAGAGUGAGUCUGCAGUCAGGAAACACAAGGAGAUCGCAACACGUAUGAUAUUCGCCGCGGGUUGCGGCAUAGAAGAUCUCAAAAAGAUUCAACUUGUAGCUAGCACCUUGGAGUCCGACACCAAAUCAUUGUCGAAAACUGUUGACCACGGUAAGAAAGUGGCGGCCGUCAAAAGGAGCUCUGGAAAAUUACUACAGAAAGUUAAAACUUACAAUCAUGACUUCAAGUGGGUUAAAAAAGAAGUGGUUGGUAUUAUUACCAAUCCGUAACACUCAAUUCAUUUGAUAAUACUCCCUCCAUUCAAAAUUAGCUAAGACAUUUCUUUUGGUUAUAGAAAAUAAGAAAUAUAAUCAAGGUUAAUUAAAAGGUUAAAAAGUACUUACCUAGUAUUGUUCCUUUUUACUUGAAUAUAUUCAGUUUGAAUUCUACCC